UUCGGCUAAGAAUCAGCAAAACCGCGUCUCAAAGAGCCCAAGAUAGUACUUGUAACAGACAAUCAGCGAUUGCGCCAUUUAGAUCCGAGAUCUGAAGACUGGCGGUUAGAACAAGUGAUAGUGAAAGUGUAGUUCCUAUUCUAGAACGAGAGCUGAUUAGUUCACAUUUUUUUCGCUAAGUCGUAGCAACAGUCUUGUCAAGUUUAAUUUUGCGAGAAAAAAUGGCACCAUUACGUUGGGGAAUCGCUGGCGCGGGAACAAUUUCGCACGAUUUUGCGUGUGCCGUUUCGACGUUGCCAAAAGCCGAUCAUCACGUGGUAGCCGUUGCUGCUCGAGGAUUGGAAAAUGCACAGAAAUUUGCCGAACUUCAUGGAAUCAGAAAUUUUCACGUCGGUUUCGAGGCACUGGCCCGGGAUCCCAAUGUCGAUAUCGUCUACGUGGGUACGAUGAACAGUCUGCGCUACGAAAUCGCGCUUCAGAUGCUAGACGGUGGAAAGCACGUGCUUUGCGAACGUCCUCUUUGCGUUAACGAGGGUCAAUCGAAGGCUUUGCUGGAGUAUGCCAGGGAACGUAAAUUGUUCUGCAUGGAAGGUAUUUCGUCAAGAUUCUUCCCAGCUUAUGGUUACAUACGGAAUCGCAUCCGCAACGGCGAUCUUGGUGAUAUUCGGGAGGUUAAAGUCGAACUGGGAUUCCCCAUCAGUAAGGUCCAACGUAUCCGGAUGCAGCACUUGGGCGGAGGAAGUGUGCUAGAUUUGGGUCUCUACAGCAGCCAACUGGCGCUUUGGAUUCUGGAACAAAGUCCAGCGGAGAUUAAGACCGAAGGAGAAAUGAACGAAGAAAACGUGGAUGUUCAGACAAAUGUUGAGCUCAAAUUUCCCAGUGGUGCAACAGUCAAAAUUCGAACCAGUGGGGUCGAAACACUUUCAAAUACUGCCACGAUUAGCGGAACAGAGGGGACUAUCACGCUUCCUGAUUUCUGGUGUCCGACCGAACUGACAGAUUUGGAUGGGACGAUUAAAUUUUACCCAUUGCCUAUGUCCAAGGUGGAGUGUAUUCAGAAGAACAGCGUUGGCCUUCGGUAUGAGGCUGAGGAAUGCCGGCUAAGGAUAGAGGCCGGUGAUUUGGAAUCGUCGAUUGUGAGCCAUUCCGAUAGUUUGGCUGUGGCGAGGGUCCAGGAUACCAUUCGGAAGCAGAUGGGUGUUGAAAUGGCUGAGGAUUACAUUUUUAAGCCUUGAAGAAGUUCCGUUUUAUGAAAUGAUUUGUAAAUAGAUGUCGACAUUAGAAGUAUUAUUGACAAAUUAAAAAAAAAAUACAUAAGUUUGUAAUGUAAAUACAACAUAGAC